AAAUAUUCGAAUCAGAUCAGAUCAGAAAGAUUCAGAUCAGAUCAGAAGGAUUCAGAUUAGAUCAGAAACAUUCAGAUCAGAUCAGACCAGAUCAGAAACAUUCAGAUCAGAUCAGAAAGAUUCAGAUCAGAUCAGAUCAGAUCAGAAAGAUUCAGAUCAGAUCAGAUCAGAUCAGACAGAUUCAGAUCAGAUCAGAUCAGAAAAAUUCAGAUCAGAUCAGAUCAGAACUUAAAAAAUUCAGAUCAGAAACAUUCAGAUCAGGCGAAGAUAACAGCUUCUUACUCUCUGUUUCAAAUACUGAUUCUCCUUCUCCAGGAGGUCUUGUAUAAUUAGUUGAACUCGAGCAUACUCUGCCGCACUACUUUGAUCAUCCAAUUCUCUCAAUCGUGCCAAUCUUUUUUGGUAUGCAAUAAUUUGAUGAUGGAAGCCUUUCGUUCUUCGUCCGUCCCAUCUCUGUAAUUCCUUUCCACAUAAAUUUACUCUAUCACUCACAUUCAUUCCAGCUCCUGCCCUCCAGCUAUUAGUUUAUGUGAUAGAGUAGUUUGUAUAUUUACCAAAAUUUUAUCAUUAUUUAUAUUUAUAACAUAAUGAAGUUAAGUGAAUAGUUAUCAUAUACUACGUAUGAUUAUAUGUGACAAUUCUAUCAUUCGUAAUGUGUACUCCCUCCGUCCCCCUAACUUUGUCUCAUUUUACCUUUUUAGUUCGUCCUAUUAAGUUUGUCUCAUACCAUAUUUGGCAAUAUUUGGGUGGUUACAAUUCAUUCUUACUUUAUUCACACUUUAUCAACUCAACACCAAGCACACAAUUCCACUUUUUCUUAAAAUUUGUGCCACACUUCUUUGUCCCAAACAUAGUGGGACGGAGUAGUAUGUAUAUAUGUAUUUUAUACACACAAAAAUACAAUAAUAUUACUUAUCAUAUUUAUGCAAAAAUAUAGACAAAAAUACAAUUUCUAUAUUUCCGACUAGUCCCCAACUAGGCGCCCGCCUAGCGUCUAACGUCUUUUAGAACAUUGAAUGUCACUAAUUUGAUUAAGGAGUAUCAAAUAUGGUACGGAAUAAAACUUUAUGGAUGGAUGAAAAAGCUAAAAGUGCAAGAAGUAAGAGCAUUUUCAAUACUACAAUGUACACAGGUUAGAGCAUUUUCAAUACUACAAUGACCCCUACAAAAUAUUGAUUUUAUGCAUCUGGUUCUUUCCACGGUUUUUGGUAAGUCUGUGUAUGUAAUACUGCCCAAGGGAAAAAUCCAUGGCUGCCGCCCAUUUCCCACCAGUCCCGUUCUAGCCAACAUCAACACAGAGAAAUGGUGAUGGCAAAAACGUUUAAUUAUCGAUUUCAAGUAUUAUUUGUGGGCCUUAUGUCUCAGAAGCUCCAUACCAGAGCAUUCACUCUGCAGUAGUUUUCCAGAACGAUAAGAUAGAAAUGCCCGUCUAUUUUCCCAAAGGUUUCCGAAUAUCAUCUGCUUGGUUAAUUGCCUUGAACCCAGCCGGGCCGCCUCGCAAAUCUUCCAUUCACCGGAAUCUCGCCGCAGAGUAUUUAUGGGGUUGAAAUCAUUUGUUGAAGUUCAUCCGGACUCGCACUUCCCCCUCGAGAACCUCCCAUAUGGCGUCUUCAAGCGCAGCCACUGCUCUGAAGCUCGGCCCGGCGUCGCUAUCGGAGACUAUGUCUUGGACAUCUCGGCGGUCGCCUCCGCUGGCCUUUUCGACGGCCCUUUUCUAAAAAACUGUGACUGCUUCAAUCAGGUUCCUACUAUAGCCGCCGCAUGAUCUUGCCUUGUCUAAACAAAUUUGUAGAACUCGGAAGACCGGCUUGGAAGGAAGCACGUGCCACGCUACAAAAGUUAUUAUCGAAGAAUGAACCAACAUUACGUGAUAAUGCUAACUUGAGGCAACAAGCGCUUGUUCCAAUGGAUAAGGUGCAGAUGCUUCUUCCUGUUGCAAUAGGAGACUACACGGACUUCUAUUCAUCCAUAAAUCACGCUAGAAAUUGUGGGCUUAUGUUCCGAGGUCCCGGGGAACCCAUAAAGCCCAACUGGUUCCAUCUUCCCAUCGCGUACCAUGGACGAGCGUCGUCUAUUGUCAUCUCUGGCACUGAUAUAAUUAGACCAAGAGGACAAGAUCGUCCAGUUGGAAACUCUCCUCCAUAUUUUGGACCUUCACGAAAGAUGGACUUUGAGCUUGAAUUGGCAGCUGUAGUUGGUCCAGGAAAUGAAUUAGGAAAGCAUGUAAAUAUUAAUGAAGCUGCAGAUCACAUAUUUGGGCUUGUUUUGAUGAAUGACUGGAGCGCUCGAGAUAUUCAGGGGUGGGAAUGCAUUCCACUAGGUCCGUUUAUUGGGAAGAAUUUUGGUACAACCAUAUCUCCCUGGAUUGUGCCUUUAGAUUCCCUUGAGCCCUUUGGCUGUGAGGCUCCAAUGCAGAACCCACCGCCUUUGCCAUACCUCACAGAGAAGAAGCCCAAAAACUAUGACAUUUGCUUGGAGGUUGCGAUUAAACCAAAUGGACAUGAAGAUUCAUAUGUUGUGUCAAGAAGCAACUAUAAACACCUAUACUGGACUAUUCCUCAACAAGUCGCACAUCAUACUAUAAAUGGCUGUAACUUAAGGCCCGGUGACCUUCUUGGAAGUGGCACUAUAAGCGGACCUGAACCAAAUUCUUAUGGAAGUCUUCUGGAGUUGACAUGGAAUGGGCAAAAACCUUUGAGCUUGGGUGGAGAAACUCGCACAUUCUUGCAAGAUGGAGAUGAAGUCAUUAUUUCUGGUUUCUGCAAGGGUGAUGGCUAUAUGGUUGGUUUUGGAACAUGCUCAGGGAAAAUUCUUCCUUCCCCAGCUUGACACUAAAAGGGACGAUUGAAUCUCCAUGCUCUUAGCCUGCAUAAUAAUGUGCUUAGGGCGAUUGGAGCUUCUGUUUCUUUAUAAAAUUUGAGUUGAAUUGAGGAACUAAUAAUUUUCAUGUUUUUCCUUGGAAAAAAUGACUCAUAUAUCAUAAAAAUAAAGAUGCCAAAUAAAAAUGUGACCACUUGUACAUAGUAAUUACAUUACUAAUUCUAACAACUAUGACUAUUUUAAAUUUAACACCAUUGUAACAUGACGGGUGUAAAUGAAGUUUAAACAUGAGUUUUAGAACUCGAUAUGAUAUUUCUAGCUAAUGACAUAAAAUGCUUAAAGUGGAAUAAAAUACUACGUAC